AUGGGUAACAGAAUCGGAAAGGCCUGUCUCUGCAACGCCGGCGCCGGUGCCGGAGAUAUCUCCGGCAGUUUCGACAACAGGAUUAGUUCCCUCUCCAGCCAAUACAAUAAAACUCUUGGCAACUCCAUCUGCUACGUCAGACCGGAACCCAGUCGGUUCGCCGGCGAUGUGUCCUCCGAUGAUGACGUCACCCUCAUGACUUUCCGGUCAGUUUCCGGCGCCACUGUGAGUGCAAACUCGUUGUCAACACCUUCAACUUCUCUUGGAGAUUCUCUUCGGCACAGCACCGUUAUGGAUUCCUCUGCUUCGUUUGAAAGCUCUGGUUCCUUCACUCCAACAAUGGUGCCUCUGCAACUGCAACAUCGACAUGAUCCUCGUGGCUCCUCUGUGGGUAGCUCCAUGGAGAGAGGUUUAUCUUGGAAUCCUGUGAUGGGUCGCUUCAUGCCAAGUCCUCGUGAUCGUGUUUUGAAGGGUGACCCCAUUGAGAAAGUUUCUGAACCUGUGAAGAAACAGAAGAAAAGCUUGAAGCAAAUUCUGAGUAGAGCGUUUUUCAACACACUUUCGUUAGGGAAAAGGUUUGUUCCCAAGGAAAACGAGAAUGCUAAUAAUGCUAGAGUGAGUUGUAGCACUAGUUCGAGUGGUGAAUUGAGCUUGCAUGGUGUUGAGAGUGAUAAGUGUUUGGGUGGUGGCGGUGGGGAGCUUUUAAUGGGGUGUCAGAAUCUUCAUUGGGCUCAUGGGAGAGCUGGUGAGGAUCGUGUACAUGUUGUGAUUUGUGAGGAUCAUGGAUGGGUUUUUGUUGGGAUUUAUGAUGGGUUUAAUGGCCCUGAUGCCACUGAUUAUCUUCUUAACAAUCUGUUUUAUGCAGUGAAUGAUGAGCUCAAGAGUGUACUGUGUAGUAAAGCAAAAAGUGCAGCAGAUUCUAGCCACUCAGAUGUGUUACAAGCUCUUUCAGAGGCGUUGAGUAAGACUGAGGAUGCAUUUCUGAAGAUUGUUGAUGAGAUGAUUACUCAUAAUCCUGAGUUGGCUAUGAUGGGUUCUUGUGUUUUGGUAAUGUUGUUGAAAGGUGAAGAUGUUUACUUGAUGAAUGUGGGAGAUAGUCGUGCUGUCUUAGCUACUCAGACUGGGAAUUCCCUUCAACUCACAAUGGAGCAUAGCACUCACAUAAAAGAGGAGGUUUACAGAAUCAGGAAAGAGCACCCAGAUGAUCCUUCUGCAGUAACAAAAGGCCGGGUUAAAGGUUACUUGAGUGUCACAAGGGCUUUUGGUGUUGGGUUCCUUAAGAGGCCUAAACAAAAUAACGCACUAUUAGAGAGUUUCAAAGUUAGCUACAAGGGGGAAUCUCCAUACAUCACUUGUUACCCUUCACUCAACCAUCACAGGCUCAGCCCAAAUGACAAAUUCCUGAUAUUGUCUUCUGAUGGACUUUAUCAAUACUUCACCAAUGAAGAAGCAGUUACCAUGGUAGAGUCAUUCAUAACUUCAUGUCCAGAUAAAGAUCCUGCACAAUUUCUCAUUAAAGAAGCACUAAGUAGAGCAGCCAAAAAAGCAGGUAUCGAGUUCCAUGAGUUGCUUAAUAUCCCACAUGGGGAAAGGCGUCUUUACCAUGAUGACAUCUCUAUUGUCAUUAUCUCCUUGGAGGGAAAAAUAUGGCGUUCAUUAGCGUAA